AUGCUCGCACUGCCCGCAAACGUUCACCAAUUCGUGCGCUGUACCACCGUCACUGUACGCGUCUUCGUGGCUGUCACCUGCGACGACGUCUAUGCCCAGAUCGAGUGUAUGCCACUCGCUACUAAAUGCGACCGGAUACCGUUUAAGCGCGCUGUGAAGCUUUCGGUCGAAGCGCAAUUUGCGCGCGCUGGUAUCACGACAGACGAUACCAAGUAUUACACUUUUGUCGCCGAGAUCGAUUCGGCGAUCUUAAUGCACGCCAGCGAUAUUAUUGCAUCUCCCCCAACUACAGGCAAGUACGAAGCGUUAAAGGAGAGACUACUAGCUGAAUUUGGUGAGUCGACAGAGAAAAGGCUAAAGCGACUUUUUAAGUCAUGCGAAUUAAAUGACAAGAAACCGACUACGUUACUACGGGAGAUGAAAGAUUUGGCACAUAAUCGAUUGGAUAAGAGUAUACUGAAGUCAAUUUGGUUGCGGCGUUUGCCUCUGCAGGUGCAACAAAUCUUAACGACAUUGGAUGAGGAUGUAGAAGUGUUGGCGAAAAGAGCCGACAGCAUAAUGGAGGUAACUACUACCAACGUAGUGAAUGCGGUAAACGCGCCUAACAACAGCAACGUGGAGGUUGCCACCAUUGCUGACCUUGAAUACAGGCUGGACAGACUCGAGCAAAACAACCGUAAUAGAUUCCAACGCAUGAGACAAGUGGAGCGAAACAGCGCUCCUCGCUUACGGCCGACUACAACUCAAUUUUUGCAACACAUAAAUGUCUAA